AUGGAUCCAUCAGCAUGUCGAGUCAUCUACAUCGACUCCCGCUUCAACACAGAAAGGUGGAUAUCACGAGACGGCUUGUCAACGCCAAUCACCCCUCAGAAGAACAACAGCGACCUUGAAUUCUCAAAGUUACCACCUGAUUUGCAAGCUAACGUGAAUGCUUUCCUCACUGUCUUCAAUCAAGUAUUCGUAUGCAACUCCGGUCGUUCCUUUUCUACCAAGCUCUCCGAACUUCAUGACCAGGUCGCAGCGGACAGUACACCUAUCAUAGCAUGCUUUGAUAUCGGCGAUGAAUACCGCCAGAGGAACCGGAACAAGGCCAAAGGCCAGCAGCAACUGCCGACUGCUGUUGCUGUGUCAUCGGAUUCACCUCCACCAUCACCCGUAAUGCUUCGACGCGAAAUCACGUUUUCCUCCGAGUCCGACGAAUCUUAUGGUCUCCAGUUGCUGAGUCGCAUAGCUUCCGACCUGCAAGUGGACGAAUCUGUACAACUAAUCAUACCUGUGGCAAUUGUACAACCGAAGCGCAAGGACUCGUACGAUGCAGCCCUCGAGAAGAACCCAGCCAAUAGCAUAUCAAGAGCUCCGUAUGGCAGCGAGACCGAACCUGUGUCCCUCGAGGACCAGUCCGACUUUGUAGAGCCAACACUGAUGUUACAAUGCCUUGAGGCUGGUGCUAUGGAUGUUGUAAAGAGUCCGCUGGAUAAAGCUGGGAUCAUGGGCCUCACGGUCCACGCCUACCGGAUAUACAAAAAUGCUAAGAAGGAGCAGGCGACUUUCAUGGCUGCUGCGCGUAAGACUCGCAAAGCCUCUUGGGUCGGUGUCGAAGAAGAGAAGCCGUAUGCGUAUUUGCGCGAGGCUAUGGUCAAGAAGCUGCUGAAAGGUAUCUGCGACCCACAGCAUGUCAUCGAAGAUUACCAGCACCGAGGUCUGAGUGUGGACAAGCAACGACAACAGGAUAUAGCUGAAGCUGUGGGCAAAUGGGGGUUCGACGGUCACUUGUUCUCGGAAGACGAACUGGUCUACGCUGGCUACUACAUGCUCAAUCACGCUUUACAAUUACCGGAACUGGAGGAGUGGAGAAUACCUCAAGCAAACCUACUGCGCUUCAUGCAGGGUUGUCGAGUUGCGUACAAUUCGUUCGUGCUCUACCACAACUUUCGGCACGCCGUCGACGUACUCCAAUCACUAUUUUAUUUCCUCGUCCAGAUUGGCACCCUGCCGCCGUACCCUGUUGGGGCGCCGCCACCACCCAAAGCCGAACAAAAAUCGCCAAUCGCCCGAUUGCUAGGGCCCUUCCAAGGCCUCACUCUGCUCAUAUCUGCGAUCGGGCAUGAUGUUGGGCAUCCUGGCGUCAACAAUAUGUUCCUUGUGAAGCUGAAUGCUCCUCUGGCGCAAUUGUACAACGACCAAUCUGUACUGGAAGCUUUCCAUUGUGCUGCAUACUCGCAAAUCCUGCGAAGGCAUUGGCCUGAGGCCUUCCAUGACAGGAAUAUUCGACAGCUCAUGAUAAGAACCAUUCUUGCUACCGACAUGGGUGUGCAUGCAGACUACAUGUCUCAAUUAGGGCAAUUGCAAGAAAGGAUACAUGAAUCGAAGGACACUGACGGCUGGACACCUAAGGACCUGACGCAAUUCACUACGUUGGCCUGCGGCUUACUUAUCAAAUGCGCCGAUAUCAGCAAUGUGGCUCGUCCAUGGGCUGUAGCCGAGAAGUGGACGUACUUGUUGCAGAAAGAGUUUGCCAAACAGGGUGAGAUGGAAUCUGCGGUGGGAAUGGAAACAACGCUGUUCGGCGGACCUCCGGAUCUGGGCAACACAUUGAAACUGGCCAAUGGCCAGAUUGGAUUCAUGACCAUAUUUGCGCAUCCUUUGUUCUCUAGCGUCGCGGACAUCAUACCUGCAAUGAGCUUCGCCGCCGAAGAGAUUCUGACGAAUAAGGGUGUCUGGUUUACCAGAGCGGAAAAGGAGAAGAUGAAAGCAGUGAUUCGGAAAGGAACCGGUUUCGGUGAUGGAGGUGCGGUGAGCCCGAGGAGCCUCAGUCCGGUCGGCAAGAAGCACGCAGGAGGUGCAAGCUACUUCCCUUCUUCACCACUGGCCGCCAAGGCCGACUCACCGAGCACGCCAAAAGGUUCCACUCGGCAUGACUCUGCAACAGCUGGCAGCACGACCCCACAGAAUGCCUCCAGGCGGUCUUCCCUUCAAGCCGUUGCUGGCGUCGCUAUGCCAAUAGGUCAUGAUGGCUCGAGAAGGUCAUCAGCUGCAUCAGGGCGUGGACGGAGGUUAUCGAAAGACAAGGAAACGAACGGGACACGAGACUCUAAUGGAGUCGCAUUCAUCUCACCGAACUUUUCGAAGGCCAAUCACAGCGAUCCCGCCACACAGACUCCCACGUCAGUCGGCUACGACGGUGCAACGUCACAGAAAGAGCUUAAUGACACUUCGAGAGAUGCUGGAGUCUCGAUGCGGGCAGGAAGUGCCGCAAUUCCAACAGAGGCAGCGGAAAGCCAAGGCCGUCCUCCUGUCUCCUCACCACUAUCCGGAUUCAACUUCGCUACGUCGAAUGUUGACGAGCCCGUAAGAGCAUACGACCCUGACAAGGAAUACAAGCAUCCAAGAGAGGCAGCACAAAGUAUGCCGUCCCCAGAAAUGGUGAAUGAACAUCAACGACAGGAGACAAUGGCACAAAAUGCAAUUUCGGAGUCCCGGCACAUGACAGCAGAGCCAGAGACGCUCAAUGAGUUCAGCAAUACGAAUGAACAACGACAUCAGUCUGAAGCUUGUGGCGAUUCGCCACAGACGAAGGAGCAAAAAGAGUUCGAAGCGAAAAGGGCACGAGCAGCCUCGGCCCCACUACACAUGACGAGUCCGAACCAAAGGAGCAGCUUCAGUGUCAGCAGCGUCCAAAGCGGCAGCAUGGCGAGCGAGAAGAUGGACUAUCGGAGUAUAAUCAACGGAACGGAUCAGGAAGGAGAUGCCCACGGCAGUGUGCGUGGUCGAAAGAGCAGCACGCGUUCAAUAGGUCGGAAGCGGUCAAAAAUAAAGAUGGGUUUGAUGUUUUGGAAGACCAAGGAGGAGAAGGAAAGGCAGAGGGAUGAGGAUCAGGCCGAGGGUGAGACUGAAUCGAGUGCUGUACAGGACGAGCCUGGAAUUGCGACUGCAGCUGGUGGACCAGUUCGAGACUAUGACAGGUGA